AUUUACAAUCAGAGCAGUCCAUUUGUACAGAUGGGGGUACACUCUGGGGGUACAGCCAAUGCCAUGAGGUCACAGCAGGCUCUGGGGUCACAGCAGGCUGAGGUCACAGCAGGCUCUGAGGUCACAGAGGUGCCAGAGCCCCGUGGCUGCACAGCACCACAAGGACCGAGCAGUCAGUCCUUGAGCACAACUGUUGCGGCAGCAGCGGCGGUGGCAGCAGUGGUGCUGACAUUGGGACAGUGGUGUCAGGACAGCGGUGGCAGCAAGAGCUGCGGGACUGGCAGAGGGCGAGGCACCAUGGCCCUUGCUCUACGCCUCUUCCUCCCGCUCCUCCUGGCCGUGGCCCUGCUUGCCAGGGCUGCCCAGGCUGCUCCGUUGCAAGUGCGGGGAGCAGACUGGGAUCAUGACUUGGAUUAUUUGGAAGUCCUGAUGAAUGACGGCUUGAAGUUCUUGGAGGAUGUUGGAGCUGAACCUGUUGCUGAAGGUGGUGCAGCUUCCCAACCCAUACCCAGUACUGACCCUCUGGGAGAUGCUGAGGGUGUGUCUGCAGAGUGGACUUUCCCAGGACCUUUGGUGGAAGUUGCACACAAGCCCAGCUCCCAUCACAAGGGUCCUCGGACAGAGAAGAUCAAAGACACAGCAAACAAGAUAUCCCUGGAACCAUCUGAACUCAUGUGGCAAAUGCUGAGGGAAAUGCUGCAGGCAGGACAAGAGAUGGAAGGAGAGGCUGUGCAGAAGGAAGCAUUUCCCAGAGGAAGCAGUGAUUCUGUGCCAGCCUCUGCUGCAGGAAGGGAGGCGAUGCCAGGCACAGUCACUGGAGAUGAGGCUGAUGGGAAGGCUUCUCCAUUAGCUUGGCUGAAUGAAGUUCUGAAGCCCUUGGAGCCUCCUGCAGCUGUGUCUGCAGGGAGGAAUUUUCCUGCCCCUUUGCUGAUUGCUCCGCGCAAGCCCGGCUCCCUUCGCAGGGGUCCUCCGAGAGGGAAGAACAAACCUAGAGGAGAGAAGGAAUUGCUUGAGUCAAACAACAUCCUGAAACAAAUAGUGAAGAAACUGCACAAAGAGCAUGAGAUGGAAGGAGAGGCUGUGCAGAAGGAAGCAUUUCCCAGAGGAAGCAGUGAUUCUGUGCCAGCCUCUGCUGCAGGAAGGGAGGCGAUGCCAGGCACAGUCACUGGAGGCAAUUGCUGUGCCUCUGGGCCUGAGCCCUGCUGAGGCUUGAGCUGCCCUCUCUGCUGCUUGGCAGUGCGGGCACAGCCCAGACAAUAGCGGCACAGCCCAGGGGAAUUAUCCUGAGCAGGCUUAGGGCACUCGGGUACUGAGCAGUCCUGCUGGGGACCCUCUGUGGGAGACACAUCCCGAAACCUGGGAGAGACUGCACAGGGUGA